AUGGGAAGUCACCCUUCUGGGAAAAAGAUAAAAGCAAAAUAUUCAUCAGAAGCACCAUUCAUUUCCUAUGGUCCAACUUACUUAGCCCAACAUCUACCGCGGCCAUACAACAAGGUAGACCCUCUAAACCCGUUAUCGGAGGACGCAGACAGCUCUUCGGGAGACUUUAGGCUCGCUGAAACCGCCCAGAUGCUCAUCCCCUGGCGAGCUGCAGUCGAUAUUUCCCGGCGAGCGAACCUUUUCCCAUACGAUAAGGACGUCGAUCAACCAAGCACCAACAAAGACGACCUGAGGAACUGGCUUGAGGCAUUCUCCAAUCACGCUUGGAGAAGGCUCCCAGAUCACGAGGGAAUUGAAUAUCUCCCCCAACAGCCUCCUAUAAAGCUUUCAGCUGGUACUCUGCACUCGCAGAAGGACUACACCUUCGAUAGAUUCACCCAUGUCUCGCUCGAAGAAAUAUCGUCAUCGCCAGGCUGCAUAUUCAAUGCAGGUGGUCCAGUAAUAGCCCUCGAUUGGUGCAAGACGCGUAGAUUAUCUCACCCACUCAAGAAGUCAUACGUUGCAAUCUCAACCUCAUCCAGCAACCAGUCUGUCAAUGGAAUAGGCGCACAGGAUCUCAAAUCCUAUAAAUCAUCUAUCCAGAUAUGGGGGCAUCUGCCUACUCAUAUCCCAGAUCCUGCUCAACCACAGAACAUAGUUUCAGCCAAAGCUCAGUUGCUCGCUGUCCUAUGUACAAACAAAGGACUGCCUAUUGACCUCAAGUUCGCGCCUACAGAUGCGCCUGAUAUGGAGUAUGAUGAUCCUUCUCAUUGCACUGCUGGUGCUCUAGCUGUUACAUUCAACAAUGGCGAGGUCGAUGUCGCUGUUCUACCUGAUUUCGACUUAUUGAGGUCUUUCUACGGUGCCUCAGAUGACGAAGCUCUUUAUCUCGAUUUUAUUCCGACACUCUCGAUCGAAAAACCAAAAACAAAAGGGUUAUCAUUAGAAUGGGCCAGCUCAAAUAGACUAGCCGUUGGUUUCUCAAAUGGUUGUCUUGGAGUUUACGAUGUUAGGAAUCCAAUUCGGAAGAGACAAUCGUCUGUUCGCCCACAGUCCUACUUUCCAGUACACCAAGCUGGUGUAAGUGGUAUCGCAUGGGUCGCUAUACCCGAACAUAACUCUAAAACUCUUGGCCUCAGGGUUGAUAAGGACCUGACGCAGCUGGUGACAUCAGGUUAUGACGGAAGUAUAUUCAUCAGUGAUCUGCGAAUAGCCGGCAGUGGAAACAAUGGUGGAACAAGUAUGUUUGAUCAUAGUAGAAGUCUGGUAUAUAGUAUCAGCUAUCACAUAUUUGCUAGCAGCAUUGUUACUACAAAUUUCGACGAUAAUAUCCAGCUUAUUGGCUUGUUGGGAACUGAUUACAAGCGCGCCAGCAACUUUGCUGAAUUCAGAUCGCCAGUAUGGAAUAUAGCUACAUCUACUUGUCAUCCAUUUGUCGCUAUAUGUGGUGCGAAUGGACAUGUGGAAAUCAAUAACCCGGUAGCAGUCAUGGAAUCUCGCUACAAGCGUAAGAACAUUAAUUUCUCAACUGAUGUUUACGGGAUUGAGUAUGGCAGAUCGGAAGACAAAUACAGGAUGAUCGACAACCUCAGUCCAGCAGACAACAAGCUAGGGGCUACGAAAGAGAAGGCAAAACCUACUAAGAAAGAAAUUGAGCGUGAGGAGCUAGGGAAAUACGCGUCAGCUUUCCCGACAGAAUCUGGUGUCAAAUGUUUAGCGUGGAAUCCAGAUGUUAACAGGUCCGCCGUACUAGCGUCUGGGAUGCUCAGUGGUACGACUAGAUUUGGUAUAGUUUUAGCUAUCAGUUGCGUGUUCUUCGUGUCUGAAUUAGUCGUCGGAUUGAAGACACGGUCAUUAGCAUUGAUUGCAGACUCCUUCCACUACCUUUCGGAUCUAGUAGCAUAUAUCAUUGCAUUCACAGCUGCAUACCUACGCGAACACGGCAAGAGAUUACCUGGCUGGACAUAUGGAUGGCACAGAGCUGAACUCGUUGGUGCAUUCUUUAAUGGUGUUUUCCUCUUAGGAUUGGCAUUAUCAAUCUUUUUGCAAUCAAUUGAACGUUUCUUUAACCCAGAAACUGUAGACCAACCAUUGGCUGUUAUUGUUUUGGGUGCUGUCGGUUUGGCACUCAACAUUGUCUCUGCAGCUUUCGUACACGAUCAUCAUGGACACAGCCAUGGACAUAGCCACUCUAAAGGUCAUGACCACAAGCACGGUGAUGAAGAAGGUGAUGACGAAGAGAAUGCCGGUUUACUCUCCAGACACUCCCACGAUGGACACAAUCACGAUGAUGAACAUAACGAAGUACACCCAGAUAGCGAAUCAGAGAAUCUCCAUCAGAUGCAUAACCACGUAAGAUUACCACCACCGAUUGAUCCACAUGGUGACCUCGGUAUGUUCGGUGUAUUCAUUCAUGUUGUUGGAGACGCAAUCAACAAUAUCGGUGUUAUCAUAGUCGGUUAUCUUAUUUACCACCUUAAAUCAGCAAACAAAUACUACGCUGAUCCUGCAGCUAGUUUAAUAAUCGCAAUAAUAAUUUUCGCAUCUGCUAUCCCAUUGACUUUGAGAACCGCAAGAAUUUUACUCGAGGUCGCACCAAAGUACUUAGAUAUGCAGGCUAUCGAGAGUGAUUUACUCAGCUUACCAAACGUUCUGAGCAUUCAUGACCAUCAUAUCUGGCAUCUUUCACAAUCUGAUUUAUUGGCAACAUUGCAUGUACGUGUACCAUCAACGCUCAGCUUAGUAGAGUGGCAUCAAGUCGAAAGAGAGAUGAGACAGUGCUUGGUUGGAUUCGGUAUCAACCACGUGACGAUUGAGGUUGAAGCCAACGAUGUGAUCUCAAGAGGAUGUUCAGAAGGGCAAAUUACACGCCAGAAUUCGAUUUGUUCAAUAAACAACUAA